CGUUGAAGGGACUACAUCACAAUGACGAUGUUAUAUCUGACAAUAGUUCCGUUAGUCAUCAUGGCUCAUUUAAUCCACGGUUUCCCGAAAACCGUAGACCCGGAAUUGCCCAAUUACCCCCGACAAGUGCACUCUCGAGGCUUCAACCAGAAAGCCCCUUCGCCCUUCACGUCACAAGUCCAAGAAUACGAAGACACGCGUCCAUCUGCCACCCAGCAGCAACCCGCAAAUUACCCCUUUGUUUACCAGAAUGCAAUCCCAGUUAAACAGAAGGUCCAACAAGUAGUUCGCGGCAACAAACCCCCUCAAUACGCCAAUCAAAAAGACGCGCUCAGAGAGAAAAACCUCAAAGAGCUGGAAGAAGAGGAAAUCGAGGAACCAGACAGGUUGAGCCAAUUACUACCAAAUUCUAAGUUUGUGUGUGAUGGUAAAAACACUGGAUAUUACGCUGAUGAGGAUUUGGGGUGCGAGGUGUUCCACUAUUGCCAAGACAACGCCAAACACUCGUGGAUAUGCCCCGAAGGGUUUACUUUCCACCAAGUCCACCUCAUUUGUAUGCCUCCGGGCGGCGACAACAUUUGUGAAAAGUCGUCACAGUUUCAUUUCGUUAACGACUACCUCUACAAACCCGUUAACUUGGAAGAAUACCAGCAAAAGCCUAACGUAUCUUUGAGAUACUCCGACCGGUUCUAUCCCGAACACUAUUACGAGGAGAGGGAGGUUGAUCCUGAAAAUCGCCAACCUAAUCAGCACAGAAACUCCGUAAGGGUCCACCAGCAGGAAGAACCUGAACAAGUCCACAGACCCACUUUUAGACCCGAACCUGCUCUAAGUCAAGUUUUUAGGUCCCCAAACGAAGUGAAUAUCCCCCUGCAGCAGAGGAGACCGCAGUAUCUAACGCAGCGGUUUUUUUCCCAAAAAUAAGUGACUUAAUUUUAAAGUUAUUACGUUAGAUAUUUAUCAAAAAUGAGAACAAGCCUGAAAUAUACGAGUAGCGUAUAUCAUUUAAUGUUGCGAUCAGACUUUGUAACGUCGUUUGUUUAAUUGAGUAAUAAAAUU